GUUCACAACGUCCACACUUUAACCACUCCCCUGAACCCUCAAUCCCUCUUUCUCUUCUCUCCGUUACCCCCCGCCCCCCACUCCCCACCUUCUGGCUCUUCCUGCUAACCUUCACAACGUGGAUUCAUUUCGUUAUUUAUAGGAUUUUCAGUAAGUUUCUCCCUUCCGAUUCUUUAUUUUGCACAAAGUUUGAAUUUUUAUUCAAAAUUUUCCCUUUUUUCUCUUGCUGGUCGGAGGUGGCAGGUGUAUCGAGCAAUUAGUUAAGGUGAAAGCUGGUCCGGACACCACAGUUAUUGGAAAAAUUGCUAUUUUUCCUUUUUUUUUUUCUUUUUGCAGUUGGAAAUUGAGUCUUGGAGAAAAUUUUGAAAUCUUUUUUUGUGGUGGGUAUUACUGUAUUACCCUUCUGGGUAAUGAAAAUUCUGGGGGAUUGUUCUUUUUUAAAAAGGGGAAUUAUUUUAUGUGGAUUAACAUGGAUUUUCUGGAUUUUUUUUUUUUUCAGUAUUGAGUGUUGUUUAUGUUUUAGGUUGAAAUUUGUAGCUUUAUUAUGUGUUUGGACAGUGUGCUAAUAAUUUAGGUUGUUGAAAAGAGUGAAUCUUGUGCAUCAAUUUAAGUGUGAGGCCUUCGGACAAAUUAUCAAGUAUUAGAACACCCAAGGUGUGGCCUAAUAGUCAUUAAAGUGGUUGAGGACGGUGAUGUCCACUAGGUGAUUUCUUCCUAUAUGUCCUAACAUUGGUGGAUGGAAUUACUUGGUACCUGUUGCUGGGGGGUGGGGGUGGCGGCAGGUGUCCUGUGGAAUUAAUUGAGACACCACAGUUAUCAAAAAGAAAUUAAAAAUUACCAAUGUAUUGGAGUGAAAUGGACAACCUCUCUACCUUCACAAUAUAGCGGUAAGGCUGCGUACACAUCACCCUCCCUAGACUUCACUUGUGGGAUUACAUUAGUAUGUGUUGGAAUGAAAUGGAACAAGAUAGAGUGGGAUGAAUAUUGAGAAUUCAUUAGUUGAAUAACCUAAUAUCUCAGGGAUAAAAUCAAUAGUUGUAUAUGUAAUGCAUGCAAGCACGAGGAGUGAGUUAAAAGAAUCUUCAAGGAUAACUUAACCAAAAGAACCAAACCCAUAUAGGACAAUCUAAUUUAUAAGGCUGACUAUGUAUAUAUAGUCAAGAGGAGGUUUCUUUAUGGAAAUAUUGAAAAAAGUGAUAGAGCUGGUGCACUAACAAGUUAUUUAUCCACAUGGUCACGAACCAGGUAGAUAUAUUAGUGGUCUAUUGCCUAAAUUUCGAAUACAUAUUUGUUUGAAAGGUUGGGAUGUACAGCAAUUAGGUUGUGGAAGGAUAUUUUGUUGAGAGAAUGUUAGAUCGGCAAUUCAUCCUGAUGCAACUAUAGUUCAUUGUAGAGCUUGACAGAGUUUGGAGCAGCACCUUUUAAAGGAAUUGCCUUGACCGAGAGUUUAGAGGACUUGAUUCAGCUUGUCACGAGAUUAAAAGGUAUCAACUGGCUGAUCAAAGGGAAAGACUUUUUGAGAUGGCUCGUGAUAGAAAGGCUUAUAGGUUAAAUCAAGGUAUGAAAUUUUAUCCAGAAAUGGGGAAUAUGGUUGUACUUGGAGAAUAGCUUCGAAAAGUGCAGUCUCCCUAAGGUGUCAUUGCUUUGGUUGGAUUGUUUCAAAGGAAGUACGCCUAUCUCAUGAGAAAUCGUAGAAAAGGGGGAUUUAUUUGUGCACCUGAUGCUUUGCGUGCAACAAGUGGAAUUUGUGGUUGAUGAUCACGUCAAUGGUGAGGAGGAAGAGGGCACAGUGGUGGAACUCAGAGCAGUAGAUGAAAAUGUGAUUGGAGGAAGUUCCAGCGAGGAGGCACUUCAGCAGGUGCAUGAUGUCAAGGUGGAUGAAGACCUUCCUGAAAGGGAAGACCUUUUAUUAGAAGAAGCACAGUGUCUAGAUAAUUCAACUUCAGAUGAACCUUAUGUUGGCCUGGAGUUUGAAUCCGAAGCCGCAGCACAUGCAUUUUAUAAUGCAUAUGCAACAAGAGUGGGUUUUAUCAUUCGGGUUAGCAAGCUUUCACGAUCUAGGCGUGAUGGCUCCGCAAUUGGUCGAGCACUAGUUUGCAACAAGGAGGGUUUUAGAAUGCCUGAUAAGCGGGAAAAGAUUGUGCGACAAAGAGCAGAAACUAGGGUUGGUUGCAGAGCAAUGAUAUUAGUUAGAAAAGUAAACUCUGGAAAAUGGGUUGUCACAAAAUUUGUCAAGGAGCACUCUCAUCCAUUGAGCCCAGGCAAAGGUCGGAGGGACUUAAUCUAUGAUCAAUAUCCGAAUGAGCAUGACAAAAUCCGGGAGCUAUCUCAACAACUAGCAGCUGAGAAAAAGCGAUCUGCAACAUAUAAGAGACAUCUGGAAAUGAUAUUCGAGCACAUUGAGGAGCACAAUCAAUCUCUGUCCAAGAAGAUCCAAGAUAUCGUACACAAUGUGAGGGAGAUGGAAUCUAAAGAUCAACAUCAUCAUAGAUAGUUUUCGCUUAAUUUCCCUUUGUUGAUAUUAGUGUAGAACCUAAGUUAAGUAAAGAUCAUAAUGAUUACUAUCUUGGCUUGCCUUGCCUUUUCUUUUUUUUUUUUCCUCUCCCUGUUAUUCUUUUCAUUUUCUUUGGGAAGAGCAUGAAAAUUUAAGACCAGUUCAUACGUUGUUUUCACUUCUUCUUUUUUCAUUUUUCUUUGGGUAGAAUUGUGGAAAUGUAGGGAAAAUAGGCACAGAAUGUCUGCUUCUGGUGCAUCCAUUGUAACAUUCUUUUGGAAGGUUGGAUGUCCCAGUGAACGAAUCAUUUUCCAUUUUUUUAAAAUCUCUGGUCCAUUUCGUUA